CGCAGUCAUCUGGCCGUGGCGGGCCAACGCCCAAAGGCAACAAGCAGAGGAUGGAUUCCAAAACCAAACUCGAGCAGCAGGCUCCCAGCCUGAACUCCAGCGUGAUGAUGGACGAAGACGACGACGAGUGCGCGUUCCACCUCACGACGCGUGGCACAUGGCCCCCGGACAAGGAAGGCGCGUUGCAACUCUUCAUCAGGCUGCUCAAGAGCUCUGGGUGCAACCUCGCCAAACUGGAACGAAUUUUCACGAUUAUGACCGAGUGCGGUGGCGCGGAGGAGUCGCUGGAGAUUUUCGAGUUAACACAGCCUUUGAUGAAAGCGCGAGACCACAUGCCAAAGAACAAGGAGGAC